GAGACGACCUGGUAUCUAAUGACCUUGCGUUUAAGUUAUUCAUUUCUGUUUCCGUGUCAUUUUAGUUCGGGCCUUUCUCCUAGGAAGCAAUGCAAAGGAUUUCCUUGUUGCCUCAGAAAAAUUUUAAGUUAUUGAUACAGAUUAUGCUUUUAUCAAUAAUCUAAUCGAAUGAAAAAAUGUCAAAAAUUGAGACGGAAAUAUGAUUAAUAUCAUAUUUCUUACGAAACACUAUUUAAAACAAUGCUAAUGAUGGGUUUCUCUCUACGAGCUUCAAGAGUAUUUCGCGUCGGUAGGGAAAUGUUUACAAUCUGAAGACAGAAAGUUUCACAGCGGAAUGUUGGAUAUGCUGGGUGGUGUUUACAAAAUUAUCAACAUUACGAUGUCGGUGCCGUCUGCUGCACGAGGAUUGUUGUUAUUGGGUCGCUGCGUACCUAGUGUUAAGCCGAAUGCCUCCAAAUUUAGAAUUCGUCGGCUAGAGCUAGAUCGUAACAUAUUAAUGUAUUUCAGCGAGGACCAGUACAUCUACGCUCACGACCCCGAGAAGCUGUGCAAGGAAGGCGAUGUCGCGCUAGUGCAGGAGCUGCCGCAGAAGAUGACGAGGCUCAUCACCCACACGGUGCUGAGGGUAGUCUACCCCCUGGGGGACAUCACGGACCCAGUCACGGGAAAGAAGGUGAUGCAGGAUGAGUACAGAGAUGAGAUGGACGACAUCAAUCGGCUGUACGGAGAGUCAAAGAAUGCCUUCAAGUAUAGAGAAGCAAGAGAACGUGGUUGGCAAGAAGACAAGAAAGACUUUUCACAUCGUGAGAGCUACGUAAAAUACCAUGAAUUUGAAGAUGAUGACCAGCCUUACGCAUUGUAAUGAGAUACCAGUUCUGUUGCAUGAUUGGUCAACCAAAAUUUAAUGAUGUUUACCAUAGUUUUCUAUCCAAAUACAGAAUGCUGAUACAAAUGUACUUGUAACACAGCUUUAUUUAUUUAUUUUUUUUUUUUGAGCUAGCAAAUUUGUUGAUUUUAUUUUAUUCUAAGGUACACCUAUUUAUGUUACAAGUUUUGAAAAUGUUUGAAGACUAAAAUUAACAUUUGCAAUAAGUAUAAAUAUUUAAUACGAUGUUUAUCAAGGUUGCGGCUCUAGAAACAUGGUUUGCUAGUCAAAUGUAUAUGUUAAAGUCAACCAGUACAGCCUGUGGUUUUGGGGUUGUAAAUAUUAAGCACUAAUAUUACUGUUCACUUAUUAAUUACAAAUAAAUGUUGGUUAUAUCACA